UUGUUAUCUUCAAUUGCUCCUCCGUUGCGCUGUAGACUUGCAUACAGUUUCCCGCCAGUUAAUUUUUGUAGGCUCUGGGUGUAAAAAUCACGCUGAUUGACCGUAAGAAAAAACCCUUCUUGAGAUUAGAUAUGGAACUCCUUGUUGAUUUGAAGAGAUACAAAUGAAAAAUCUAAGCGCAAUGCCAACCAUAAGUUUUCAUACAAAGCUCAUAAUCUGGAUUUGAAAUUUUGGUAAAGAUGUCAAAUGAUAGUGAGAAUCCAUCAAGCAAUCCCCAGCCACCAGCUCUGACUGCAGAGGAGAAAGAAAUACUGGAAGGGGACAAAAUUGGUGAAACGGCAUAUAGCAAGAAAUGGGUACUAAGCAUUCUUGUUCGCAUGGCAGAAGUUACAAGAUGUGGUCCUGCGGUAAAAAAUGAACAUGAUCCUCAGGAAUCAGAUGGUGAAAAUGAAGUAGAUCCUGUUUCAGAAGAAGAGCUUUGUGAAUUGUGGGAUAUGACUAUGGACUCUGAUGUUUCCAACUAUUUAAUUAGCCAAGAAGGCAUCUCUGUUAUAGAAGAAGUUUUGAUUCAUGAAGAGUCACCACGUAAACAGGAAAUAUAUUUGGGGAUUUUAGCAAAUAUGGCAUGCACAUCAAAUGUUUGCAAGGAAAUUUUGAAACAUCCUACUAUUAUUGACAUUGCUUUGUGGUAUAUCAAAAGUCCAGACACAAGAUCAUUGAUUGAGCUUUCUAGGCUAAUCAGCGUUUUCAUUUCAAACAAGGAAUGCCGAGAGGAAUUUAUUGAAAGAUUGCGGUCGAAGUUGGUUGUUGAAGAAAUGAUUUCUCUUUUGGAUAAUUCCUUAAAUGUUGAGCUACUAGAUAUUGGCACCAAAGUGAUUGAUCAGUUGCUUUUUAACGAUGGACGCAUUCUUGAAGAACUUUCAAGUAAAAAGAUCGUCACAUUGAUUUGUGAUAUUUACAGAAGAGUGGCCGUCAAACAUCCGCAAACUGUUGGGCAACUGCUUCACAUCCUACAACUAAUUUCAACUACAGAAAAAGGUGUUUCGUCACUUGUUUCAGUUGAAGAUAGUUCACUGAUCGCAAAAAUUAUCCUGAAAGAAGGAAGCAAAAACAUAUCGCCCUCCGAAUCUUCAUUCCAGUCUCUGGCUUCAUCGUGUUGCGUUCUUAAUGUUGUCAUGUGUGCAGACGAGAAGAAGACGAAACAAUUUUCUGAUGAAGAGUUGGAAAUAUUGCUUACCGUUUUAACGUUUGCGGAGGAGCUCUGCGCCCAUCUCAGUUGUUACGAGGGAAAUCUAGACAAGGAGAGCAGGGAAAAAGACGUCGAUUAUGAUGAUUAUGAUGCUCUAGAUAUGUAUCUCGACUACCUUGACGCUGUUGUCGAUUUUCUUGUUGUGCUCAGUGAGAUGUUUUUGAGUGCAAAGAUAUCAAAAGAGAUGCAGAAAUCCUUGGAGGAAAGAAGGAACGAAUUACAAUCGAUUCUCACCAUUUUGGAUGACAUUCCAAAGCAUUCUUCGAAUGCAAAGAAAAUCAAGCUUUUGUUCAAAAUUAAAGGAACAGAUGAAGACUGCACAGAAAAUGCUACAGACAAAAGCAAAGAAAUCAAGCAAAGAUGAAUGAAUAAGAAUUUAAGACAUAAUAAACCUUUUAGGUUGCCGCCAUGAAUGAUAGAAAAUCAUGGUGUAGCAUUGCUUUAAUAACAAAAUGAGCACUGCAUGAAUCCUUUGUUUUUAAACGGGCAAAGUUUCUUCAGGGUCUCAAAAUGAUAGAUAUUCCAUCUCUAAAACAGUUCUCAAUCUAAAACAACUCGUGCAACUUCUUUGACGCAUUCAUAAAUUCUUUUCAAAUUAAUUUUUGAAAAACUCUGGCUACGGAAGCCUGUUUCCACACUGAAAUUUGUGGUUUAUGAUUUGUCUAUUAAUAUUUCUCUUAUUGCCAGAAAUAUUUAGUAAGUUUUUUUAUCGGAAAAAUCGAGCGAGCCGUUUCGACGGACUGAAACUUGACCUAAAGCCGUUUAAUUUUUGUGUGUUUUUCGUAGAAUUUUUUUUAGUCUAAAGAGCUUCAUUUAAUUUAUAUAGACAUCUGCCCCAAGCUUAAUACUUUUUAAUGAUUUUUAUAGGAUCCAUAAUGUAAUGUUUUGAUAUUUUCUUUAAUGAUAUUCCUUUGUUUCGUGUACUAAGUGGCAAGGUAAAGGAAAACUAGGGAUUGUUUUGUUUUACGGUGUUCCCUGGGGCCAGAUUUGAUGUUUGCAAUAGGCCUUCCAAUUAAUGUAGUCAAACUCAAUUUUGCCCUACGAACGGGCUUUUCAUGUAAAAUAGGGCGCAGUGUGUUUCAAGAGAUGAAAAAUGAAAAUACUGUUAUCA